AUGUCCCAGUGGCCAGCCCCGGGGCUGGAUUGGAUCCGUCGCCCCCUAGAGGGGAAAGGCCCCAUGUCCCAGUGGCCAGCCCCGGGGCUGGAUUGGAUCCGUCGCCCCCUAGAGGGGAACGGCCCCAUGUCCCAGUGGCCAGCCCCGGGGCUGGAUUGGAUCCGACGCCCCCUAGAGGGGAACGGCCCCAUGUCCCAGUGGCCAGCCCCGGGGCUGGAUUGGAUCCGAUGCCCCCUAGAGGGGAACGGCCCCAUGUCCCAGUGGCCAGCCCCGGGGCUGGAUUGGAUCCGUCGCCCCCUAGAGGGGAACGGCCCCAUGUCCCAGUGGCCAGCCCCGGGGCUGGAUUGGAUCCGUCGCCCCCUAGAGGGGAACGGCCCCAUGUCCCAGUGGCCAGCCCCGGGGCUGGAUUGGAUCCGACGCCCCCUAGAGGGGAACGGCCCCAUGUCCCAGUGGCCAGCCCCGGGGCUGGAUUGGAUCCGAUGCCCCCUAGAGGGGAACGGCCCCAUGUCCCAGUGGCCAGCCCCGGGGCUGGAUUGGAUCCGUCGCCCCCUAGAGGGGAACGGCCCCAUGUCCCAGUGGCCAGCCCCGGGGCUGGAUUGGAUCCGUCGCCCCCUAGAGGGGAACGGCCCCAUGUCCCAGUGGCCAGCCCCGGGGCUGGAUUGGAUCCGACGCCCCCUAGAGGGGAACGGCCCCAUGUCCCAGUGGCCAGCCCCGGGGCUGGAUUGGAUCCGACGCCCCCUAGAGGGGAACGGCCCCAUGUCCCAGUGGCCAGCCCCGGGGCUGGAUUGGAUCCGAUGCCCCCUAGAGGGGAAUGGCCCCAUGUCCCAGUGGCCAGCCCCGGGGCUGGAUUGGAUCCGUCGCCCCCUAGAGGGGAACGGCCCCAUGUCCCAGUGGCCAGCCCCGGGGCUGGAUUGGAUCCGUCGCCCCCUAGAGGGGAACGGCCCCAUGUCCCAGUGGCCAGCCCCGGGGCUGGAUUGGAUCCGUCGCCCCCUAGAGGGGAAAGGCCCCAUGUCCCAGAUUCUGCCAGGUCUCCCCACGCCCGGCCAUGCUGCCCCCGCGGAGCGCGACGGCCUGGGCCCGGCGCGGCUGCCCGGAUCUGGGGCCUGGCCCGGGGUGGGAGGCCCCCCUGCAGCACCUCCCGCAGGCUGGCUGAGGCCCGGCAUGGAGGGGGCGGGGAGCCGGCUGCAGGGCAAACCCUUCUACUGCCGGGAGUGGGCGCUGCAGCGGCUGGCGCGGGGGCUGGCGCGGGCCGGGCCGGGGGGGCUGCUGCUCACCGGGGGGCCCGGCUGCGGGAAGACGGCGUUGUGCACCGAGCUGCUGUGGCCCACGUCGGAGCAGGGCCGGCAGGCGGGGCUGGGCACCCGGGCACUGGGCUGGCACUUCUGCCAGGCCCACGACGCGGCCACGCUGUCCCCACACCACUUCCUCCGGGGCCUGGUGCGCCAGAUGGAGCAGUGCCCCCUGCUGCCCGGGUACGGCCCCCGCCUGCGCCAGCCCGGGGCCUGCGCCAGCCUGGAGCCUGCCCAGUGCGAGCCACACCCUGACGAGGCCUUCAAGAGGGCCGUGCUGCUGCCGCUGCUGGACCUGCCGCCCCCGCCCCAGAGGCUGCUGCUGCUGGUGGACGCGGUGGACGCUGGCGGCGCCCUGGGGGCCAGCGAGUGGCAGCCGGGGGGGCCAAGCACCACCAUCGCCCAGCUGCUGGCCACCCACCACCACCUGCUGCCCCGCUGGCUGCUGUUGGUCUGCUCGGCCCGGCACCACGGCAAGGCGCUCGCCCGGAUGUUCGCCGGGUUCCGGCGGAUCUGCCUGGACGACCUGCGGCGGGCGCCGGUGGUGCGGGACGUGCAGCGAUACAUCCUGUGCCGGCUGGAGCAGGAGGAGGGGCUGCGCCGGCACCUGACCCACGAGACGGCCGAGAUGCUCAACCAGCUGCACAUCAAGAGCAAUGGCUGCGUUCUGUACCUGGAGCGGGUGCUGGACGGGGUGGCUGAAGGGUUGGUGGUGCUGCGGGAAAUCCGCCACAUCCCCGGCACGCUCAACGGCCUCUACCUGUGGCUGUGCCAGCGCCUCUUCACCGGCAAGCUCUUCGCCCGCGUGCGGCCGCUGCUCAACGUGCUGGUGGCCGCGCCCCGCCCGCUGUGCCCCCACCAGCUCCACGGCGCCCUCUGGGCGCGCCAGGCCGGCCCCGGCCCCAGCUGGGAGGAGUUCCAGCGCCAGCUCAAUAGCCUGGCCACGCUGCUGCUGGACGGCCCAGGCGGCACCCGGAUCCUCUUCCACGCCAGCUUCGCCGAGUGGCUGCUGGACGUGAAGUACUGCACCCAGCGCUACCUGUGCAGCGCGGCCGAGGGCCACGGCCUGCUGGCCCUGAGCGCCGCCUGCCGCGGCCCCCAGCUCAGCCCCCGCGAGGUGCACGACCUGGCCCGCCACCUGCUGCGCGCCGACCUGCGCCUGCCGCCCUGCCAGCUGGCGCUCUGGAUGGUGUGGCAGGAUGUGCCCGUGGCCCACUGCCUGCUGGCCGACCUGCCGACACUGCCGCUGGAGACAGACGUGCUGCAGCUGCUGGUGCUGGCGGGGGCGCGGCUGGGCGAGCGGGAGGCGGGCACGGGAGGCCUCCUGCACCAGGCGCUGGAGCAGGAGGACUCAGUCCGCAUGCUGCUGGAGAACGGGGCCAGCGCCAACCAGCGGGAUGCCAACGGGCGCACCCUGCUGGCCAGUGCUGCCCACAGCGGCAACCCCGAGGUGGCCAGCCUGCUGCUGGGCUGGGGGGCCGAGGUGGAGGCGCCCGACCGGCACGGGCAGACCCCGCUGACGCUGGCCGCACUCCAGGGCCACGCUAAGGUCCUGCACUGCCUACUCGCCCACGGUGCCAACGUCAACCAUGCUGACCAGAGGGGCUGGACGGCGCUGCGCUCGGCCGCCUGGGGCGGGCACGCCGAGGCCGUGGGCGCCCUGCUGCGGGCGGGCGCGGACGUGGACUGGCGGGACGUGGAGGAUCGCACGGCGCUGCGGGCAGCUGCCUGGGGGGGGCACGAGGGCAUCGUGCGGAUGCUGCUGGCGCACGGUGCCCAGGUGAACCGGGCCGACACUGAGGGGCGCACGGCCCUGAUCGCUGCCGCCUACAUGGGGCACCGGGAGAUCACGGAACUGCUGCUGGCGCACGGCGCCGACAUCGACCACGCCGACGCGGACGGGCGCACGGCGCUGUCCCUGGCGGCCCUGUGCGUGCCGGCCAGCCGUGGGCACGCCGACGUGGUGAGCCUGCUGCUGGAGCACGGGGCACACGUGGGGCACCACGACCGACACGGCAUGACCCCGCUGCUGGUGGCCGCCUGCGAGGGCCACGCCGAGGUGGCCGAGCUGCUGCUGGAGGGCGGGGCCGACGUGGAGCAGGCAGACGCCACGGGGCGCACCCCACUGCUGGUGGCCACCGCCAUGGGGCACGGCGCCGUGGUGCAGACCCUGCUGCUGUGGGGCGCGGCUGCAGGUGCCAAGGAUGCCAAGGGCCGCACGGCUCUGAGCCUGGCGGCCGCCCAGGGCAGCAAGCACAUGGUGCGGGCCCUGCUGGAGCGCGGGCUGGACGAGAACCACCCGGACGCCAUGGGCUGGAGCCCGCUGCACCUGGCCGCCUGCGAGGGGCACGCGGGGGCCUGUGGGGUGCUGGCCGAGCACGGCGCCCGCCUGGACCAGCAGGACCGGGACGGCCGCACCCCCCUCAUCCUGGCAGCCCAGGAGGGCCACAGCGAGUGCGUGCGGCUGCUGCUGGGAAGUGGCUCCCCCGUGGAUCACCGGGACCACGACGGGCGCAUGGCGCUGGGCGCGGCUGCACUGGGGGGGCACCGGGCCACGGCCGAGCUGCUGCUGCGCCACAGGGCUGACCCCAACCUGCCGGAUGCCGCGGGGCGGCCCCUGGUCUACCUGCUGGUGCUGGGGGGCUGCCAGGACCUGCUGGAGCUGCUCCUGGCGAGUGGCAGCGACCCGGAGGCGCGGGACGCCCAGGGGCGCACGGCGCUGCACGUCUCCUGCUGGCAGGGGCGGCUGGAGGCGGCGCGGGCGCUAGUGCACCACGGCGCCGACGUCAACGCGCUUGACACGGAGCGGCGCUCGGCCCUGCACUCGGCCGCCUGGCAGGGCCACGCCAGCACCGUGCGCUUCCUGCUGGAGCGCGGGGCGCACGUAGACCAGGCCUGCAGCCAGGGCGCCACAGCGCUGGGCAUCGCCGCCCAGGAGGGCCACGGCGAGGUGGCGUGGGCGCUGCUGGAGAUGGGCGCCGACCCCACCCACACCGACCGGUACGGGCGCACGCCCAGCCACGUGGCCGCCCGGCGGGGCCAGGCCGCCAUCCUGCGCCUGCUGCAGAGCCACGGGGUGCCCACCGCCACCACCUGCUCCCCGCCGGGCGCCUCCGGCCACUCCUCCGCCAGCCCCCCGGUGCCCCCCGCCCCCAGCCAGAGGCCCGGCUCGAACUUGCCACAGUGCCCAGCCGACGCCUCCCUGCACAGCUCCCGCGGCUCCACCUGCCACUCGCUGGUCACGGCGCAGACAGUGCCGGCCGACAGCCCAACCUUCACCCAGCAGCUGCAGCCCUCGCUGCCCCGCAGCCUCCCGGCCCCCGCCCCCAAGAGCCCCCAGCCCAGCCUGGCACUGCCCCUGGGCGUGCCCGGAGCCCCAGAGCCACAGGCAGGCAGCCCGGGGCGGGAGGUGCCGUCCCCCGAGUGGGACCCCAAGCCCAACGGCUUCCUGCCCUGGCAGGAUGGGGGGCCGACAGGGACCCUCUCCCUCCUCUCCCUCGCCACGCUGGACCCCCAGCUGCACCUCAAGCGAGCCGUCAAGCUGCAGUUCGAGGGCCCCACCUGCUGCAACGACCCCAGGAAGGAGACGCCGCUGUGA